GUGCUUCUUCAACCAUCAAACGUGGUGAUCUUCCCCAUUCCUUCUUCUCCGGCCCCUUUUGUUCUAUCUCGCUUCAUCUCUCUCUCUCUCUAUUUCCAUCACAAUGUGUGGAAUUCUCGCUGUUCUUGGCUGUUCUGACGACUCUCAGGCCAAGAGAGUCCGCGUCCUCGAACUCUCUCGAAGAUUGAGGCAUCGUGGUCCUGAUUGGAGUGGUCUCCACCAGCAUGGUGAUUGCUACUUGGCUCAUCAACGGCUGGCCAUUGUUGAUCCUGCUUCUGGUGAUCAACCUCUCUUUAACGAAGACAAAUCUGUUGCUGUCACGGUUAAUGGAGAGAUAUACAACCAUGAAGAGCUGAGGAAACAACUGUCCAAUCACAAGUUCAGGACAGGCAGUGACUGUGAUGUUAUUGCUCAUUUGUAUGAGGAAUAUGGAGAAAAUUUUGUGGACAUGCUGGAUGGCAUCUUUUCAUUUGUUCUUCUGGAUACCCGAGACAACAGCUUCAUAGUUGCAAGAGAUGCUAUAGGUGUCACUUCCCUUUACAUUGGCUGGGGUCUAGAUGGCUCCGUUUGGAUUUCAUCUGAGCUAAAAGGACUCAAUGAUGACUGUGAACAUUUUGAGUGGUUCCCUCCUGGCCACUUGUACUCAAGCAAAGAAGGAGGCUUCCGCAGGUGGUACAAUCCUCCAUGGUUCUCUGAGAUCGUUCCAUCGGCCCCUUAUGAUCCCUUGGCUCUGAGGCAUGCUUUUGAGAAGGCUGUCAUAAAAAGGCUGAUGACAGAUGUGCCUUUUGGUGUUUUACUGUCUGGAGGUUUGGACUCUUCAUUAGUUGCAUCCAUCACUGCUCGUUACCUUGCUGAUACAAAAGCUGCCAAACAGUGGGGAGCAAAACUACACUCCUUCUGCGUAGGCCUUGAGGGCUCACCAGAUCUGAAGGCUGCAAAAGAAGUUGCAGACUAUAUAGGGACUGUUCACCAUGAGUUUCACUUCACUGUUCAGGAUGGCAUAGAUGCCAUUGAGGAUGUAAUCUACCAUAUAGAAACAUAUGAUGUGACUACAAUAAGAGCCAGCACCCCCAUGUUCCUCAUGUCACGCAAGAUUAAAUCGCUUGGAGUGAAAAUGGUUAUCUCUGGAGAAGGCUCUGAUGAGAUUUUUGGUGGGUAUCUGUACUUCCACAAGGCACCUAACAAGAAGGAGUUCCAUGAAGAAACUUGCCGCAAGAUUAAGGCACUUCAUCAGUACGAUUGUUUGAGAGCCAAUAAAGCAACAUCUGCUUGGGGUCUGGAAGCUCGAGUGCCUUUUCUGGACAAGGAGUUUAUCAAUGUUGCAAUGAACAUUGAUCCUGAGUGCAAAAUGAUAAAACGAGAUGAAGGCCGGAUUGAGAAGUGGGUUCUAAGGAGAGCCUUUGAUGAUGAAGAGCAUCCUUAUCUGCCAAAGCACAUUUUAUACCGACAGAAAGAGCAAUUCAGCGAUGGUGUUGGCUAUAGCUGGAUUGAUGGCCUUAAAGCCCAUGCUGCCAAACAUGUGAGUGAUAAAAUGAUGUUCAAUGCUGCUAACAUUUUCCCCCACAACACUCCAACAACCAAAGAGGCAUAUUAUUACAGAAUGAUCUUCGAGAGGUUCUUCCCACAGAACUCCGCGAGGCUUACUGUUCCUGGAGGCGCGAGUGUUGCAUGUAGCACCGCGAAAGCAGUCGAGUGGGAUGCAACGUGGUCGAGCAAUCUUGAUCCUUCCGGUAGAGCAGCACUUGGAGUGCAUGUUUCUGCUUAUGACAACCAAAGCAAGGCUGUAGAACCAGAGAAGAUCAUACCCAAGUUGGAAGUUCCUUUAGGAGUUACUAUCCAGAGUUAAUUCCUGUGGCAAUGCAAGGGAAUAAUUCUGUGCUAGAAUGAAGAACACUAAGCUUUUAUUGCACAGAACUUGAAUGGAACUUUUGCCUACUGUAUAAUCUACGUAUCAAAGGCCAUUUCUAUUAUACAUAUUGUGAUAAGGCUUUUCCACUAGCUAGAGGGUAAUUGGGUUUCAAAAUUAUGGUUCACUUGUAAGUUUAUUGUGUGCAAAUCAAGCUGUCUUCUUGCAAA